AAAAACCACGAGGCAUUUUUUUCACUAUAUAUAUAUUAACACCUUCUUCAUUCACUCACAAUAUACCCAUUUCGAUCCAUAAUUCUCAAAGGGGAUUUACUGCAAGAAAUUCAAGGUUCAAGGGAUUGUGAAGAUGGACAACAAUUACCCACAAUACAAUGAAGGUGCUGGCUCUUCUCACACAUCCAACUCUCCUCAAUGUGCCUCAAACUUUAACAUCUUCGAUCAAUCAGCAUCAAACUCAAACUCGAAUGUAAAAGGUAACGAGCUCCAUAGAGCGAGCGACCUUCUGAUGGCGGUGUCGGUGUGCACGGAGGCAAACUUUUCGAGAAUCGCCGACCUGGCCGACACGGCGAUGGACGAGCUCAUAAAAGCAGCUCUUGAUGGAGAUCCUCUAUGGAUGCCCCAACAAAAUGAAGAAGCUGAAUCUUACUAUACAUUGUUGGAUAUAAUGAAAAUGGUUGAGGUUGGAGAGCCUCCUUCUUCCAGCCUUCUUGACUUCGAUCUUUUCAACACCAAAUCCGACACUGAAUCCAACAUCAACAACAACACAAAUUUGGGCUUUAAAGACAAUCAACAACAACAACAACACUAUCUUCAAACUGAGUUUUCAAGACAAACUGAAUUUGUCAAAGUGGAUCCACUCAGCAUUGUUGGGUUUUUGAUGGAUUUGGAACAAUGGUCACUUGUCUUCUCCGACAUUGUUUCAAGAGCAGCAAUUCUUCAAAUGUGGUCAUCAAUGGGACCGGGAGGGACUUACGAUGGAACUUUGCAAGUGAUGACAGCUGAGUUUCAGCUCGCCUCACCACUUGUAGAGACAAGAGAGAGCUACUUUGGGAGGUUUUGCAAGCAAUUAGCUCCCUACACAUGGGGAGUUGUUGAUAUUUCCUUGGAAGAUCUCUUCCCUUACCCAUCCAUUGGCUUUUGUAGAAAACCCUCUGGCUGUUUGAUCCAAGCAUGUCCUGAUGGAAUCUCUAAGGUCAUGUGGGUUGAACAUGUGGAAGUUGACAACAGAUGUGUUCAACCAAUGUUCCAACCAUAUAUCAACUCUGGUUUGGCAUUUGGUGCAAAGAGAUGGGUUUCUUCUCUGGUUAGACACUGCAUUUGGCUAACUACUUUAGAAGCCAAGAGCACUUCAACAAUCAAUGGGGAUCCAGGGCUCGUUAGACAUAAAAGUGAAAGUUCGGGAACCAAUAAGACACAAGUUUCGAUACUACAAGCUGGAAGGCUUAGCGUGUUGAAGUUGGCUGAGAGAAUGACAAGGACCUUUUAUAAUGUUGUGAGUGGUUCUAAAGAAAAUCCAUGGAUGAAAAUUCCCAUUCCUGGACCUCAUGACAUUAGGGUUAUGACCCAGAAAGCCAAAGAGAAUGAUCCUGGACGUCCUCCGUGUACAUCGGUGAUCUUCGCUACUUCAGCUCAAGUUCCGAACAAUCCGAAUGAAGUUUUCCAGUUCCUUCGUCAUGAGAAGUCUCGAAACAAGUGGGACAUCCUUUCAUUUGGUUACGUCAUCACGGAACUUGCCUGCAUUAUCAAUGGAAACGACUCGAGAAACCGGGUGUCGAUAAUUCAAGUGAACUCUUCGCCGAGAAAAGUCGAGAUCUUCUACCUGCAAGAGAGUUACUUCGACGCAACGGGAUCUUAUAUAGUCUAUGCACCUGUUGACCUCUUUGCCAUGUCGAUACUCUUACGUGGAGGAAACCCAGAUAAUGUGGCUAUCUUGUCUUCUGGUUUUGUUGUACUUCCAGAUAACCUGAAAAUGAAUGGACAGGAAGUUGAAGCUGAUGGUAGCAUCGUGACAGUGGCCCUCAACAUCGUUGAUCAUUCAAUUACUGAAAGGAUCCCAUUUGAUUCAAUGGUUUCCAUGCAUAGGAUUAUGAAUGAAACUGUAGCCUCAAUCAAACAGGCUUUCCAAGUACAACAAUUUUAAAUAAGGAAUUGUAAUACUUGGUAUGAAAAAACCUUGUCUUUCUGUGUUUAGGACAACAAGUGCUUAUAGAUGGGUGAAGUUUGACACCCAAUAUAAGCUGAAAUAAAUGGCUUUCAAGCUGUUUAUGUAAUAAUUUACAUAUAGGUUUCA